AUGCACGAUCCGACGAUAAUUGAAUACUACAAAUAUAUGGUUGAGAUUGCUGUUAUUUUUGGUGCAGAUGAAGCUAGAGCUAAAAAUGAAUUAAAGGACUCUCUCGAAUUCGAAAUUAAUCUCGCCGCAAUCUGUGUAAGUAAAGAAGAUAAAUACAAUGCAACUAACAUCGGUAGCGCAAUGAAACUGCGGGAGCUUGCGAAACAGUAUCCGAGUAUUCCCUGGAAGGAAUACUUCAACUUGAUUCUCAAACCGAUCUUUGUAAUUCGUGACGAUGAACUCAUACAAGUGAGAGUGCCUUCGUUUUUCCAAAACUUCGAAAAAUUGCUAAAGAAAACUUCAAGAAAAGCGCUGGCUAAUUUUAUGUUCUGGAAAGCAGUUGAAAAUGACAUGGAUUAUUUUCCUGAAAAGGUUAUUAACCGCAGAAUAAAGUUCAACCCUGCGCUCUCACAUUAUUACAUAAAAGGAGAUAGAUUGCAGACAUGCCUCGGAACGUCUGAAAUGUUAUUAUUGUUUCCUGGUACUCUAUACGCCAGGAAGUAUAUUAAACCAGAAACCAAUAAAAACGCAGAAAUAUUAGCAGAAAAUAUUAAACAACAGUACAAGGAAAUUAUAACAAAGGUCGACUGGAUGGAUGAAAAAACAAAGACGAUUGCUCUGGCUAAACUUGCUUCUAUGAAAAUGUCCAUUGGAUAUCCCAAGGAAAUUCAAAACGACAAGCUUCUUAACAAAUUUUACGGCCCAGUGGAAUUGGACCCAAAUGAUUACCUCCGUUCAGUUGAUAACAUGGCCAUUUUCCUGAAACGCCGUUCUUGGAUGGGAUUAAGGUUGCUUGUGGACGACUCAGUUUAUAAUCAUCACGUUGACACUGCUACUUUAAAUGAUGCUCCUAGAUAUUUUCGAAUUGGGAACAAAAUUGACGUUCAUCCCGGAAUGCUACAAGGCAUUUUCUACGACGACGAUAGGCCACAGUACCUGAACUACGCUGCGAUUGGUUCGUUUCAUUUGGGACACGAAAUGACUCGCGCUGUCGAUAACUAUGGUAGACACUAUGAUCAAUUUGGAGCCCAUAGGGAUUGGUGGACUGCAGAAUCAAUUGCAAAAUUCGUUAAAAAAGUUGAUUGCAUCAUUCGCCAGUACAGUAAUUAUACUGUCAAUGAAGCGAGCGUCAAAGUGGAUGGUUACGCAACUGGAGAUUCUAACAUUGCAGACAGCGCAGGGCUCAAAGCAGCGUACCAGGCCUAUCAAAAUUUAGUCAAACAAAAAGGUCCCGAACCAACGUUGCCUGGCUUAAAUUAUUCCCAGUCACAGCUUUUUUGGAUUCAAGCAGCUAUCACAAAGUGUGCAAAAUAUACCCCAGAUUAUCUGAAAAAUUUGGUUCACACUAAUCAUGAUAUUCCAUCAGAAUUCAGAGUCAUCGGUUCAUUUUCUAACGCACCAGAAUUUGCAAGUGACUUUCAUUGCCCAUGCGAAAUUCUCGAUGCUGCAAAUAACAAAGAACGUGAGAAGGAGAAAGACCAGACGACAAACAAGGUGUGUCAAACUAGUGCAUGUGAAAAGGCUGCUUCCACAAUCCGGGAAAGUAUCGACACAAACAUUAAACCAUGCGAUGACUUUUACAAAUUUGCCUGCGGUAAUUUUUUAAAAACUGCAGCAAUUCCGAAUAAUAAUGAACCUGUCGACAGAUAUAGUUCUCUCGCCAAAGAAGUACGAGAACAAACAAAAAAAGUCAUUGAAAAGCCAGUUCAACCCGAGGAACCCAAAUGGAUGAAGCUAACAAAAAACUUUUACAAGGCAUGCAUGGACACGAAAGCGAUUGACAAAAAUAAUCUCAGUACAGAAUUACGUCACUUAAAGGAAGCAGGUGGCUGGCCUGUACUGGAAAACAAGUGGGUCGAGAAAAAUUUUGAUUGGAAACGGACAAAUUAUCGUAUGCAGAAAUUGGGAUAUAAUAUCUAUUAUUUAUUUGAUUUUGAUGUUGUUGAUAUUGGCCCUCCAUAUGAAAAGAAACAUGGGUUAUAUAUUGAUCAACCAAUACUCACUCUUGGACGCGAAGUGUUAAUAAAAGGGAUCAAGGAUCCGACAGUAACUGAAUACUACAAAUAUAUGGUUGAUGUUGCUGUUAUUUUUGGUGCAAAUGAAGAUAGGGCUAAAAAUGAAUUAAAGGACGCUCUGGAUUUCGAAAUUAAUCUCGCCACUAUCUGUGUAAGUGAAGAAGAUAAAAACAGUAAAACUAAUUACGGUAGCGUCAUGAAAGUGCGCGAGCUUGCGAAACAGUAUCCGAGUAUUCCCUGGAAGGAAUACUUCAACUUGAUUCUUAAAUCGAUCUUUGUAAUUGGUGAUGAUGAAGUCAUACAAGUGAGAGUCCCUCCGUUUUUCCAAAACCUUGAAAAAUUGCUAAAGAAAACCUCAAAAAGAGCGCUGGCUAAUUUCAUGUUCUGGAAAGCAGUUGAAAAUGACAUGGAUUAUUUAACUGAAAAGGUUAUAAACCGCAGAAUGAGGUUCAACCCGACGCUCUCAGAUUAUUACAUAAAAGGAGAUAGAUUAAAGACAUGCUUCAGGACGUCUAAUAUGUUGGUGUUGUUUACUGAUACUCUAUACGCCAGGAAGUAUAUUAAACCAGAAACGAAGAAAAAUGCAGAAAUAUUAGCAGAAAAUAUCAAACAACAGUACCAGCAAAUUAUAAAAAAGGUCGACUGGAUGGAUGAAAAAACGAAGACAACUGCCUUGGCGAAACUUGCUUCUAUGAAAAUGUUCAUUGGAUAUCCCAAAGAAAUUCAAAACGACAAGCUGCUUGACCAAUUUUAUGGCCCAGUAGAAAUGAACCCAGAUGAUUACCUCCAAACAGUGGAUAACAUGGCCAUUUACCUCAAACGCCGUUCUUGGAAAAAAUUAAGGAAGUAUGACGAUGCCUCAAAUUGGACAUUUCACGUUGACAGUACUACAGUAAAUGAUGGCCCUGAAUAUUUCCCAAUGGAAAACAGCAUUGACUUUCCUCCUGGAAUGCUACAAGGCAUUUUCUACGACGACGAUAGGCCACAGUAUCUGAACUACGCUGCGAUUGGUCCGUUUCAUUUGGGACACGAAAUAACUCGUGCUGUCGAUAACUAUGGUAGACACUAUGAUAACUUUGGAGCUGAUAAGGAAUGGUGGACUGCAGAAUCGGAUGCAAAAUUCGUUAAAAAAGUUGACUGCAUCAUUCAGCAGUACAGCAAUUAUACUGUAAAAGAAGCUAGCGUCAAAGUAGAUGGCUACGCAACCGGAGAUUUUAACAUUGCAGACAGUGCAGGCGCAAAGGCAGCGUACGAGGCCUAUCAAAAUUUAGUAAAGGAAAAAGGCCCUGAACCAACAUUGCCUGGCUUAAAAUAUUCCCAGUCACAGCUUUUUUGGAUUCAAGCAGCUAUCACAAAGUGUUCCAAAUAUACCCCAGAUUAUCUGAGAGAUUUGGUUCACACUCGUCAUGAUAUUCCAUCAGAAUUCAGAGUCAUCGGUACAUUUUCAAACUCACCAGAAUUUGCAAGCGACUUUCAUUGUCCGGUGGGUUCCCAAAUGAAUCCCGUUAAGAAGUGUUCUGUAUUUUAG